CGUAAAAUCUGUCAAAACUUAAAGGUUACAACUUACAGGAUGAAAUGGCUGCUUCCGCCUCCGACAAGAUUUGGUAUUUUGAGGUUACAGACCCAACAAACCACCCGAAAGGUUUUACAAUAUACAAGGUUACUGCCAAGGUGUUUCCAGUUAAUGCACCAGAAAGCUUAACAGAGAUUGUAAUCUGGAAGCGUUACAAUGACUUCAAGGAGCUUAACAAGGUCUUGGUCACCCUGCACAAGUCACUUCAUCGUAGAGUUGAGUUUCCGAUGUUUGCAAAGCCCAAACUCUUCGGGCGCUUUGAGGAGCAGGUGAUUGAAGAGAGACGUAGCAGUGCUCUUGACCUUCUCAACUUCAUUGGUCAGCAACCCCACCUGUACCGUUCACAACACUUCAACAAGUUCUUAGAGGGUGGAAAAGUUGUUGAAGGGCUUUCCGGUCUUCUUCUUAAGCCAUCCAGACUGGAUAUCCUUCAUUCCAAUCCAGCCACUGUGGGUAAAAAUGAGACAAAUGUAACCAGUCGAGUAUCUAAAUCUAGCACCCAACUCAGUAGAGACACGUCAACAGAGCAUCAGGCACCCAAUGUUUUGGAAGUCAAAACUGACCUGAACAGUGAGCCCAUGUUGGAAGGUGUAUGGAAGUUCCCGGCUGUACCAGACAACAUCAGCUUGAACUCAUACGAGGAUGACACAGAUGUGGACUCCACGCUCGGCACCCCUCUCCCUGACACAGACAUGGCCUUCUUUGAUCCCCUGGCAUCAGGCAAACAAGAAAGUGACGAGUCUCAGGGGCUUCAUACCAGUAAAAGCUGGAUCUUAGAGGCAGUCCAUACUUGUACAGAGAUGGAAAAUGCUGCUACACCUGUUGGUUCUGUCGAUGAUGAGACUGAUGAUGGUGGGCUAAAGUUGAGACUUGACUCUCGUUCUGAUCGGACUGGUUCAACCACUUCUGGAACACUGACCCAGUCUACUGCAUCCCAGUCAGGCAGCACAGUGGAUGUCAGCGAGUUUGACCCCUUGACUAAUAACCUUGAGAGUUCAGGCUCAAAAGUUACAGUGGUGGAAGAUUACCAUUUCCUCUCAGAGCCUGCAAAUAUGAUGUCUGGAAAUUCGACUAGUGUUGAAUCUUCCUCCAGCAAUAUGUCAACCCCAAAAAAGAAAACAAAGGCAACCUUAACCCUUCACGCCCCUCCUGGGCGGUACCGUUCCCAGACCACAGAGAGCGUCUCCACAAUGGAUCUGGGCAGCGCUGGGGACUACAUUCACCUGGCCGCAAGGCAGAUCUGUCUCGCACAGGAGUUUGAGGCAAAUGGGGAGUUUGAGCAGGCCUUUGCUACGUAUAAGAGCUGUGUUGGAAUCUUGUUGCAGGGAGUCCAAGUGGACCAGAACAAAGGUCGGCGAGAUGCGGUUCGUCGCAAGACAGCCCAGUACUUGAUGAAGGCAGAGGAGUUGUACAACAGGCACCUUGCCAAAGAUGUGUCCGAUGAUCACAGAUGGGCUAUGGAUAGCACUCUGAGCCCCUCGACUGAGGUUGACCCUGCAUUGACCUUCCUUCGUGCUCCAGCAAGUGACCUCAAGAAGUUCAAGGUUCUUGGAACCAUCAACAAGGUCAUUCUGGUUCUGGAUAAGAGUACGGAGGAAACAUUCGUGAUCAAGAGAGUCUACAAGUGCUCAAAGGGACACAACUCCAAACAGAACAUCCUCCCAACUUUGUGCCCAUACAUGGUGAACCUUCACAAGUUUUAUGAGACUUCAAAUGCGGUCUAUCUGCUGCUGCAAUAUGCCAGCGGUGGAAAACUCUGGAACUACGUAGGGGCCUAUUUAAGGGCUGCUCAGGAACAAAAUAGGGAAGGCGGAACUGCAGGGCCAGGGAUAAACGAAAAUACACCACGACAGGAUUUCCAAAAUGUUUACACAGGGUAUAAAGAGCAUCACGACAGUAACAAAAGGAAGUCAUUUCUUGAAGCUAAGCCUGGUUUGAAGGCUGAAGAAAUAACAAAAGGUGGAAACACAAAAUUGGUGGAUAAAGUUGCAUUCAGUAAAGAAAGUGAUACAGUUGAGUUGAAUCAACAAAGGUUGUCUCCUGUAAAGGAUUUGAGUGUAAGUGAUUUUCAGUUUGAUGUGACCAACAAACUGGAGACGUAUUCUGUGGACAUUUCUGAUCUCAUUGCAGAUAGCAAUCAAGUAAGUGCAAUUGAUGUCAUCCCAGAGACAUCACAAAGUACGACAAAGACACAUGUGCAAUAUAAUAGGUAUACAAGUUUCUCAUCAGAGGAAAAUGUCGAAAUAGAAAAUGAUUCUUGCUCAUCAAUUGAACGACAACCCUCAGGUGGAGCCAAUUUUAAUGACAUAUUGGAAAAAAACACAAAGAAAGCUGGACUUGAAAACUUUAGUAUUAAUAGCUUUGAUAGUGGGGAUGGUAUUACACGUGUUGACAGUAAUAUGAGUGAAAAUAUUGAAGCAAUUCAAGAGGUGAAUGAAAAUAGCUGUGAUAUUGAUGUGUUUUCUUGUGAUAUUCAACAUAAUCCAGAAUAUGCAAGAAAUAAUGAUAUUGAUUUUACUUUUGGAAAUGUGGAAACAAGUACAGGUAUUAAACAUUCUAAUCAGGCGACACAUGAUCAUGAACAAAAAAAUGGUAAUAACUCAAAUAAACUCGAAGAUGGCGUGGAAACAGACACUGAAUUGGAUAUUGUUAGAAAUUCCAAAGAGUUGUUAAAGGCAGUGGAAAGAACAUUGUCUCAGAUUGAUUGUGACGAAAAGACUAGAAAAGAUCAUGAUGUUCCUAAAACAAACGGUACUCAACAAGUUAAUAAUGAUAAACUUACAAAUGCAGUUAGUGCUGCUUUAGGGAUGAUGGGUCCUAGCAUAUAUGACCUUCAGUGCCAUGGAGAUUCCUCAAACAGCCAAUCAGAUUCUGGGUCAGGGUCAAGGUCAUUAGAGGACAGUCAACCAGUGUCAUUGAAUUCGAAUUACAAUGAAAUUAAUAAAAGUGCUUUGGUGAUAAAUGAGAUUUUAAGCACAGUUGAUACUGCUAAUAAUGAAGGCAAAGAUGAAACUAGGUCAAGGACAUCUUCAGAUAUUAUUUUAAAUAGAAAAUUAAGUUUAAAUAGAUUAAAUUCAGCUGAAUUUAGUCGAUCUGCCUCAACAGACACUGAAGCACGUUCUCCUACUAAAACUCGGCAGAGAACAAUUUCAAUGAUGUUUGAGCAACUUGAUUUGACCUCUCAAACUUCUGAGCAAGUGAAAAUUCCAGAAUCCUUCAUCCGCCGCUGGGCUGCUGAAAUGAUUGUUGCUGUGUCCAGAUUGCAUGCCUUGGGCAUUAUUUGUAGAGAGUUAAAACCUGAUAACAUCCUGCUGGGAGACCAUGGUCAUGCAACCUUAACCUACUUCUGUCAAAUAAACCAAGUGCCAAAGUCUCUUGACUUUGAGGCAGUGGGAAACUUCUAUGUGGCUCCAGAGGUGAUUGGUAUCUCGGGUUAUACAGAGACCUGUGACUGGUGGAGUCUGGGGGCACUGCUGUAUGAACUCCUAGUAGGACGUAGCCUGCUAUCGUGCCACCCAGGGGGCAUCACGUCUCACACACAGCUCUACAUGCCUGACCACCUCUCCCAGGAGGCCCAGUCUCUCCUUCAACAGUUACUGGUGUUCAACCCGAGAGAGAGGCUGGGAGCCGGGCUGCAUGGGGUAGUGGAGAUCAAAACACACCCUUUCUUUAAUGGAAUUGACUGGAACUCAAUGGAUAUGUGAGAUUUUCAAAUCUUACUCCCAUGUUAUUCACUGGAAAUCCAUGGACAUGUGAGACACACAAAUCUAACUCCCACGUUAUUCACAUGCAAAUCUUACUCCCUGGAAUCGACUUGGAGAUCCAUGGAAAUGUGAGACAUGCCACUCUUUCUCCAUGGAAUAGACUGGAGAUCCAUGGCUAUGUGAGACAUGCAAUUCUUUCUCCACGGAAUAGACUGGAGAUCCAUGGCUAUGUGAGACAGGCAACGCAUUCUCCAUGGAAUAGACUGGAGAUCCAUGGCUAUGUGAGACAGGCAACUCUUUCUUCAUGGAAUAGACUGGAGAUCCAUGGAUAUGUGAGACAUGCAACUCUUUCUCCAUGGAAUAGACUAGAGAUCCAUGGAUAUGGGAGACAUGCAACUGUUUCUCCAUGGAAUACUGGAGAUCCAUGGCUAUGUGAGACAGGCAAAUCUUACACCAUGGCAUUGACUGGAAAGCUAUGGAUAUGUGAGACAUAAAUCUUAUGUUAUAUAAUUGACUGGAACUCAAUGAAUAUGUGAGACACACAAAUGUUUUGUCAUAUAACUGACUGGAACUCCAUGGAUAUGUGAGUCACGACACAGAAAUCUUAUGUCAUUUAAUUGCCUGGAACUCCAUGGAUAUGUGAGACACACAUCUAACUCCCAUGGAAUUGACUGGAACCCCAUGGCUAUGUGAGACCUGCAAAUCUUACUCCUAUGUAAACAAUUGGAACUCGAUGGAAAUGUGAGACUUGCAAAUCUUUCUCCAUAGUGUUGGAUUUGCGAGAGACUUUGUGAAAUAAGUGGUAUGUUUAGCCCUACAAUAGACCCACUCCAGUCUCUUGCUCUUUUAAUAACACCUGAUGGUUAAAGAUUUUUUUUGUUGCUUAUCGUGACAUUAUUUGAAUGUUUAUUAUUAAACGCUGUAUUUUACUGAAGAAUUUUAAAGUUAUAAAGAUUCUUUAAAUCAUGAAAUAAAGGUAAUAAAU